UCUCAGGAAGCGGAUAGCCUCCUGUUCAGACCCAGGUUGACCUUGCUUUUUAAAGCUGACUACCCUAAACAUCGUUCAGAGAAAACAUGACAACCCCUAGUUUCUCUGCAAUGACACCGAUGCCCGCACUACCUAGCUCGGGAUUGAGGUUAUCAAAAGAGCAUUUGGUGGUUGCAGUGCCCGUUGCAGUGGUUGCGGCCUUAGGAGGUUUCCUAGUCGGCCAUUAUCUGAGCAGGCGGAGCUUUAAGAGUGGCCAGGUGAACUCAUCAGUCAGUAAAGACCGUCCCAAAGUGGUCCACAGCUUUGACAUGGAGGACAUUGGCACCAAGGCUGUGUACUGCCGCUGUUGGAAGUCAAAAAAGUUCCCCUACUGUGAUGGAGCCCAUGCCAAGCACAACGAAGAAACUGGGGACAACGUGGGACCUCUCAUUAUCAAAAAGAAGGAUGCUUAAGCCAGUUUUUUUCUUUUAUAGUUAAACCAACGGUGGAAAUUCUUCACAGCCAAGAAUGAUACUCGGUGUUAUAAAAAUGUGGAAAAAAAAUUUGAUUUAAUUGUUCCAACCUAAUUAUGAAUGAACUAUCAGACUUUGAAAUCAAAGGCCACUUGAGAAGAGAUAAAGAAUGGACUUUUGACAAUCAGCAAGGUCAGACAUGAGGUACUCUGGUUGUACAGAUGCUUUUUAAACAUCUAAAAGUGAGGAGUUUGGUAUCAAACAAAGGAUGAACCUAAAUACAUUAAAUAAUUCACUAGUCAGUCACUGUA